AUGCUCGCUCAUCUUACCCAGGCUUCGCGUCGCCCCGCGACACAGGCUGCCACCACCGCACGGGCAUGUCUCGCUGCGGCCCCGCGUAGACGUUACGCCCAGAAAUCCGAGGGUGGUCCCGAGGACCCGUUUAAGUCUGGCCCGACCUAUGCGCAGUGGCUGAGGACCGAGGGCAUCAAGUACAAGGAUGCGCACCGGCCGAAGAACUGGCUUGGGGGACAAGUACCGUUCCCGCUGAACCCGUCAUUCAAGCCGCCUACCCCCAUCUCGGACUCGAUCCGGACUGCUAUCUGGAACGACUUCAUCGCGGACCCGGAGGUGUUCAACCCUCGUAUCCUUGCGCAGCGACAUGGCUUGAGCAUCGCGCGCGUCGACGCUAUCCUGCGGUUGAAGGGUCUGGAGCAGCAUUGGCAAAAGGUUCGUAACAAGCCGCUUCAAACUGGCUUCCUCAAGGGCAUGGAGUACGCGCUAGGUGUCACAGAGAAGCAAACCUCCAUGCGUACCGGGCGUCGCACUGGUGGACAGGAGCUUGGCGAGAACGCUGUUGAAGCUGAUGAGCUCUCGGAAGCGACCAAAGACUUCGCGCGUGCGCGUUAUCAGCGGAUGUUCUGGGAGCCUGUAGUGGAAGGCAAGAACCCGAUCUUGCCUACGAGCCUUGCUCGUGCAGCAGUAGACGGGGUGAACUCAAAGCAGUCGGAAGAGACGGCUUUGCUGAAGAGGUUACGUCACCUCAAAAGUGAGACCGAGCCCGACGUCGUGCUUGAGCGACCGGGACGGCCAACCAUCCGCUUUGUCGACGUCGGCGUGAAGUUCGUAGAUGUCAAGGAUCGCCUGAAGCGCGUCAAGGCUGCGAAGCGCCGCUCUGUUCUGAAGAGGAGACGUAGGGGCGGCCACGUUUCCCCGCCUGAGCCGCAGGCGGACGCUGCGUCCGUUCCUGCAUAGCGUGGAUCUGCUCGUUCUGUACUAUACUACUUCGGACCUAAUCUGUUAUCUUCGGAAUAUAUCGGGAAUCUCUUGCUAGCGUUUCUCAAAAUGAUACUGUAGGCCC